AUAUUUGUGUCAUUGCAGUUUCAUAAACUCGUUCGGUCGGUUGUUGGUCCCCUCGUCGCGUACAAAUUCGAGGCAAUUUUUGAGAAAACGAAAGUGCGUGGGUGUCAGUGCAAGAGUUAAAUUAACGAGAGUCAGAAAAUGAAAGCGUUCAUUGUCGCCAGUGUUUGUUUGUUCGGCCUGUUGAGCCUGGGCUCGGCACAGUUCCAAAAUGGACGUCUGGAGCCGCCAAAUCCGCAGCUAUGCGCCCAGCGAAUAAUUCACGAGAAGACACCCGAUGGCAAAGGUUACUUCUUCUCGUGGCGUGACCCACAAUUGAAAGGCGUGGAGGAGGAUUGGCUGACUGCCAGAAAUUUUUGUCGUAGACGCUGCAUGGACUCGGUUUCGCUGGAGACCAGUCUGGAGAACGAAUGGAUCAAGCAACGAGUUGUAGGCGAAAAUGUGAAAUAUAUCUGGACCAGCGGUCGCUUGUGCGAUUUCAAGGGCUGUGAACGUCCCGAUCUGCAGCCCACGAACAUCAACGGUUGGUUCUGGACCGCUACUCUGCAGAAGUUAGCACCCACCACAGAGCGUUCCCAGGGCGAUUGGUCGCCCACCGGCGGCAUUGGCCUGCCCCAGCCCGAUAACCGUGAAUUCAAACAAAACGGCGCACCCGAAAACUGUUUGGCCCUGCUGAACCAGUUCUACAAUGAUGGUGUCAACUGGCACGACGUGGCCUGCCACCACAAGAAGUCCUUCGUCUGCGAGGAGAACGAUGCUCUGCUGAAGUAUGUGCGCUACACAAAUCCCAAUCUGCGCAUCUAAAUCGCUCAAACUCAGACGGAAGUAGCAUCUGGAAUAACGUGUGGAGUUGGAGCCUCGAGCAGCGACUCCAAAUAAACCAAAAAUGAUAUUUUAUGUAGCCACUACAUACAUGCAUAUAAAUGUUUAUGUGUAUGUAUGUAAAUGUAUGUGCUUCUGUGCGAACAGAUUUGUUCGUUUCGGUGCUGCUCAUAUAUAGUUUUUGCUAGUUACUCUUUGAGUGUCUUUUAAACUUCCAACUAUCCUGAAUGUCUUACGUAUUUUUGUAACCGUUUUUCCAAUCUCUGCGCUCUUUC